AUGGCCACCCUUGUGGAUAGGACCGUGUCCCAGACACCCGUUGAGUUUGGCCCCGCCUUGCUCAAGGAAUUUCUGAUUGACCCUGAGUAUCACAACCUCAACCAUGGCUCUUUCGGCACAUAUCCCAGGGCUGUGCAUGAGAAGCGCCUCGAGUACCUUACCCGUGCCGAAGCGCAGUCUGAUAUCUUCCUCCGCCACCAGUACCCCGCUCUCCUGGAAGAGUCUCGAGCUGCUCUCGCUGAGCACCUCAACGCUCCGGUUGAGACGCUCAUCCUGGCAGCCAACGCCACGACGGCCCUCAACAUUAUUAUUCGCAACUUCAUCUGGGCUGACGAUGGUAAAGAUGAGGUCAUCUCCUUCAGCACCAUCUACGGCUCGUGCGAGAAGACGGUCGAGUACCUAGUCGAUACGAACCCGGGCCGCCUCUCCUCGCGAACAAUCCUACUGACGUACCCCCUCGAAGAUGACACCAUCGUCGACCUCUUCCGUGCAGCCGUUGAAAAGUCCCGUAGCGAGGGUAAGCGUCCGCGCGUCGCCAUCUACGACGUUGUCACGUCCCAGCCAGGCGUGCGCUUCCCCUUUGAGGCCGUCACCAAGGCCUGCCGCGAGCUUGGCGUCGUCAGUCUCGUCGACGGUGCGCAGGGCAUCGGCAUGGUGCCCAUCGAUCUCACCGCCCUCGACGCCGACUACUUCCUGAGCAACUGCCACAAGUGGCUCCACGUGCCCCGCGGCUGCGCCGUCGUCUACGUGCCCGUCCGAAACCACGCCCACAUCACGAGCACGCUGCCCACGAGCCACAGCUACGUCACCCAGACGGGGCCCAACGCCAAGCCCCGCGCGUCCACCGACGAGGUCGACCCCGCCGCCUUUGCCGAGAGUUUCGCCUUCAUCGGCGCCUGGGAGGUGAGCCCCUACUGCUGCGUCAAGGACUCGGUCCGGUGGCGGAAGGAGGUCCUCGGCGGCGAGCAGCGCAUCGUCGACUACCUGUGGAAGCUGGCCAAGGAGGGCGGUCGCAAGACGGCCGAGGUCCUGGGCACCGAGGUGCUCGAAAAUGCCGCGGGCACCCUGACCAACUGUGCCAUGGUCAACGUGUUCCUGCCCAUCGAGGCGCCGGCCGAGGACGAGGCUGCUAUUGCGGCGUUCGUCAUCGAGGUGCUCAGGGAGGAGUACAAGACGUUUGUCCCUGUUGGUGUCCAUGGUGGGCGCUGGUACGCGCGCAUCAGCGCGCAGGUCUACCUUGGUCUCGAUGACUUUGUCUGGGCUGGCGAGACGCUCAAGGCUGUCUGCGAGAGGAUUGCCAAGGGUGAAUACAAGCAGUAG